UUCUUGCUCAUCGGUGACUUCUCUACUAAGUUAAAAUAUGGCUCUAUCAAUUUCAACUGGAUCAAGGAUUCUCAAUAUAUGUAGGUCCAUACAUCCAUGUAUAUCCAAGGAAAUUCUAACUGUCUGGCCCUCAUCAUUAAGCUCAUGUGCUGGUCAGCAGCGUUCAUUCAACAUUCGCCGUAUUGACAUGCCACAUCCUGCUGAUCGAAAAUUCAACUAUAAAUUUCAGGUCUAUUAUCCAUUGGAUGGGAAAUACACCAUCAAGCAUCUGGAAAUGGAAUCAAUAUGUGGAAAACAUCCAUUCACAGGGCGCAAGAUUGUUGGCACAGCAGGUAAGGGUAUGGAACCAAAGUAUCGCUGGGUCGACUUCAACCGACGUGGCCCGAGUGAUGGCGUUAGCGUUAAAGAAGAACAGGUCAUAGAAGUGCAGUAUGAUCCUAACAGAAGUGCCUUCAUUGCUCUGGUUGGCAGCAAGGCUCAUCUUCGUUACAUUAUAGCAACAACUACUAUGGAACUGGGAAGUAUCAUUCGCUCCCACAGUGCGAUACCAGAUAUUCCUAUUCGUGGUGUGCCCGGCGACUCUCACCCCAUUGGUGCCCUGGCUGUGGGCUCGACAGUUUGUCACGUGGAGCGUGUCCCUGGCCAUGGGGCUGAGUACUUGGUAGCUGCGGGCACCUCGGGCACGGUCAAGAGGAAGCUGGAGGACGGUAAAAUGGUCCUCCUGCUGCCCAGCAAACACGAGGUUGCCCUUGAUCCUCGCUGCAAUGCCGUCUGUGGACAAAUAUCGAAUCCUAACCACGACAAGAUACAUAUCGGCUCGGGGACAAGAUUUAGGUGGUUACGGAAAUACCCUCGAUCAGGAUUGUGGCAGCGCAAAGACGGAUAUUGUGGCAAGAAAAUCAGGGCACCGCCGCCAUUAAAGCACGUAGUUGAGAAGAAGGAGACCGAAGUGAUCAGGCUUGUGUGCAUGACUGAAGGACCGAAGAAGCACAUUGUUCCCACUUGCGACCGAGUAACUUAGCAACUUUUAUAGCGGAAAAGGUAAUAUUUGGUGAAUGCCACCUGUGGCGAAGAACAUCAUGAGUAUAAUGAAUAUUUAAACCAACGUAGAUACGAACAGUUCUUAUGCUUGAUCAUCGUUUAUAGUUUGGAAUGAAAAUGUGAAUAUUUAUAUUAGAAUUAUGACAGCUCAACAAGCCAAGUGGAAUAUGAGGCACGGAUCUUGUAAAGCUUGCUAUUUACGAUAACUUCACACAAUGAAGCAUGAAAUUCUGGCUACUUGAGAUAUUUUUUGACAAAGUUAUAACAUAGCACAUAUAAAUGUAUACAUGAACUACCACCCUCAGGACUUCAGGGAAAUAAGAUAGUAGUUUUCGAUAAUAUAAAGUUAUAAUAUGAUCUGCCUACUCCAUUUUAAAACGUUCGUUUGAAAAAAAAUUUAUAUUCUUUCAAACGUUGGUAUAUUGAUUGAUAUGUACAAUUACGGUUCUCACUCAUUUAUUUACUUGAAUACUCUGUCUUCCCAGAUUUCAUCUACAGCUUCGGAUCAAUACGGAUCAUUAAUAUAAUAUGUAUUUAAAAUUGCAAAUUCCAACAGGUUCCACCUAUUCUUGCAUUACAACAGUCCAGGACAGAUGGCUCUCCUGCUUAAGGGGUAGUCGGCAAAAAUGCUGCGGUACCAUCGAUGAUUCGAAAGUGCCACGUGAACCUGGAAAUAAAUCAUUGUGAAUUACUUAAAUUUCAACAUUGGAAUGUAUCUAGUUUUAAAUGAAGAAUUUGUAUCAAUCAAGCGUUUCAAUUCGACAUACAUUAAUUAAGAAAGUUUGUGUUAAGAGUUCAAAUCAAAGAGCACGUAAAAUAUUUUUGUUACAAUCUCUUUUUAGCUUACAUUCAUAUGUAUAAUAUUUAUAUAUUUAGGCUGUUAUGCAGUGCCGUGUAGUGACCAUAACAAAUUGACAAGACCUACAUUAUCAGUUAGGCAUUAAUAAAUUUAAACUUCAAAAUUUGAUAUGGCGAAAUGCGAUGUAAGUGUGAACACUACGGUAUAUAAUUUACCUCACCUAGAAUUUGGGAAAGUCCCAUCAUGACACGAGGGAUUUCACAAAAAAUUGAAUUAGGUACGCGUUUCUUCACCGUCACUGAUUGCUCGAUGCUAUAAUUCAACACUCGAGAUAUUUUAAUACGUCUAACAAAUAAGGUUUUUCGUUAUAGCCGUCUUACCUGAUUAGAGAAAACGAAGAGCCACAUGAUGGCCGUGGCAGCAUUACGGUGCAGGGCGAAGAGCGCCGUGUACAUGAUCACCUCAGCGGACAUGUGUGGACACGACACGUACUCGAAGGCUCCUCCCACGGGCAAGACGUAAGAUCCUGCUCGUCCCUGAACAACUGAGACGUAACAUGGGUUACACCUUCACAUAAACGACGUUUACGAAAUUAUCGUACAUGUAAUCAGAGAAUGUUUGCAGGUACUAGCAUCACGAUAAAGACAAAUUCAAUAUGAAUAAUGCGAAUGCUUAUAUUGCUCUAUCGUCUAAUUUCUUCUUUCUUACACUUUUUUCCAUUUUGAAAAUUAUUAUUUCAGAUAGUGAACGACCAACAGCGAGCAUUAAAGCUCUAGGAUGUUGAAGAAUCAUGGCUAAAAUAGGAUUUGUAGAUUUCAAGUGCGGCGCGACAUUCAGACGCGGGUAUUUCGAGUCAGAUUCUCUGUUUACAGAGAGGAUUUGCUUCACGUUCUGCUAAGUUUAAGGUUCUGCUCAUUGUCACGGAAGUAACAAUUUGUCUGAGUUGCGAGUUUCUCUGGCACAUGAUAGGAAAUGAUUCUAUUACGGUAUAUUACUAGAUUUCCAGGAAUAGUUACAUGCAUAUAAUCUGAGUCCAUGUGCUAGGACAAGCGAAACUCACAAACUAUACCAGAUUAAAACAUAAAAUGGCGAAAAUAAUUAAGAUACUCCGGUUCAAAAAUAAGAGAAGGGAAAUCAAAGCAUGCAAAUUACGUACGCUUUGCUUCUUUACGUAAUCGAGCAAGUCGGGCGAUGCUGUCGCGUUGCACUGCGAAGGCUAAACCGAAGUAAAAUGAGCAAGCGAUGCAAAAUGCGACCUCCUCUGUCGUAUACACCAGGCUGGUGCUGCCUCCUGCAACGAAGCCAAAGAAAUCUGAGUAAGCUUGAUGUCAAAUUAACAAUGACUGCAAAUCUUUUUGUAAAGAGCCAAUAUCCGAGCGAAAAUAAAUUUAAGUCAUCAAA